AUGCCCAAUACAGUCAUACGCACAACUGUUAAUACAUCGUUUGAGAAUACACUAUUAGCAGCAGUAGCAGCAACGUCUGUUCCACCCAUAGACAAACCUCGAAUAUCUCUUAAACAAUUAUGUUUCGAUCUUGGUCAAUAUUUAAAACGUUACGAUAGUAUUUUGACUAUAAAACAAUGGGCAGAAGUCGAAAAAGCAUUUUGUAGUCAACAUGGAAUUGAAAAUUUCUUUGGAUUUCACAUGAUGAAUGAAGACAAUGAUAGUCAUAAUCCACUUAGUUUAUUAUCAUUUCUUCAUCUUUAUCGUCAAAGAAUUGAUUCAAAUGGACACUUAUCAGUGUAUGAAAAUGCCAUCCCGACAAGUAAUCGAAAAGAAUUAUACACAUUUGUUAAUCAACUCUUAAGAAAUUAUGACAAUCGAGUUGCGCAUGCCGAUUCUAACGCAAGCAUUCAAAAUUCUACGAAUAGACCAAUUUUCUUUAGCGCUAAUCAAUUAGCAGCCGUUGAAAAAGGUAUCAAGCACAAAUUUGGUAGUUUGCUUGGUUUUCAAGGAGCUGCACAAAUCAUCAAUAAAAUUCAACAACAAAAACCCCAUUCAAUGAUAUAUUUUGAAGAAUCACUUUUGGAUGUCGUCAGUUUAAAUCGACUUGACAUUUGUCCAUCGAGUUUGCCUGUUGAUGAAACUCAACUAUGUAAACUUAUUCUUCAAUGUCCAAUUAUGAUCGAUCUUAAUACAUGGUUACAAUGGCUUUAUUUCUUUCAACCAAGAUAUGGUUCUCUAAAAACUUUCAUUGCUCGAAAACAGACUGAACUCGAUGGUCUUCUUCUAUUAGAAACAUCGACACAUGAAUUAUUUCGUUUACCAAUCGAAUCAUCUUUAACACAUUUCGAACAAGAACUUGCUAAAAUGAAUGUACGUUUAGCUGUCGGUUAUCUUUGUACAUCGAUUAUUUUUGAACAUAUUCAUGUUAAUCGAUUACCAUUGAGUAUCUAUCGACAAGUCAUGCAUACAUGGUUUAUUGUACUUCAAUCAUCGGCUACAUUCGGUGGACAUAAAUCAAUCGAACCAAUGGAAUAUAUUCUUGAAUUUUUAAUCUAUUUGCCCGCACUUAUUGGACAACCAUUAAUUGUUCAAGAACUUGUACUUGCACCACUCGAUGAUGUAUUUCGUACGGAUGAUCGAGAAAAAAAAUCGAUCAAUAAUCGACAAAAACUUUGGAUGCUGGCAAAUGAUAAACAAAAGAAUAAAUUGGAAAUGUGGGGUUAUUUGCUUGAUAUUAAAGAAUGGAAGAAUACGACGAAAUGGAUCGGACAAAAUCAAUCACAGAUCGAAUCCACCAAUGAGCGAUUGUUCAACAUGUCGAAAGCAACAGAAAAUCUCGUCACAGAUAAUACUCAACUGAUAGUCGCACAGACGAAAACCGAUUCUAUUUUAUCGACAACAACUUCACAUGAUUAUGUCAACAGCGAUAAAGAAAAACGAGUUAUUAGCGACAAUGAUUCAAUACAAGCUGCCUAUGAACAUAUUGAAUCUAUUCGUCGUGGUUUUGGUGUUAAUUGUGGCCUUGAUUCAACUGGUCAAUCAAUUGUAAAUAAUCUUCAAGGCAUGAUUGAACGAAGUCUUGAAAAACUAUCGAAUGAUCUUUAUUCGGAACAAGGUCAUUUCGUACUUGAACUUAUUCAAAAUGCCGAUGAUAAUCAAUAUCUAUCGAAUCGUAUACCAACAUUACGUUUCAUUUUGUCAUCUGAACGCAUUCUUGUUUGUAAUAAUGAAACUGGCUUUCAACCGAUGCAUAUUUCAGCUAUUUGCAAUGUGGGCACAUCAACUAAAGGAAAACAUAAGCAAGGCUAUGCUGGACACAAAGGUAUCAAUUCUAGUCCACAUUCUAUGAAAUCUGAUUAA